AUGGUCACAUACAUUAAUGAUAAUAUCAAACAGCUUGAUUUGAUAAUUUGUUUAGCAUAUUUUGAUCUUUUGGGAAUUUCAAUAUUGAAUAAAAAACAACGAACAACACUUGAACGAUAUAGAAAACAACUCUUGAAAGAUCUUAAUGAUUAUUUAAAUGAUGUUAACAAUAAUCGUGAUAGUCAAACUAAUUCAACAUAA